AUGGCCGAUAACCGCGUUCUACAGCCGGGUACUAUCAAUGCGAAUGUGGAGAAAACGGUCUACGCGGUGCGAGGGGAGCUUUAUCUGAGGGCGGCUCAACUACAGGCGGAGGGGAAAGAGAUCGUGUUCACGAAUGUCGGCAAUCCCCAUGCUCUCGGGCAACUGCCGCUCACGUUCCCGCGACAGGUGAUGGCGCUGCUCCAAGCGCCCUUCCUCAUGGAUCACCCGGACGUGGGGCGCAUGUUUCCCCCCGACGCCAUUGCGCGCGCUAAGAAGUACCUCGCUUACACUUCUGGCGGCGUGGGCGCGUACAGUGACUCGCGCGGACUGCCCGGGAUAAGGAAGGAGGUGGCGGAGUUUAUCCAGAGACGAGACGGGUACCCCAGUGACCCUGAAAACAUUUUUCUGACCGACGGCGCCAGCAAGGCUGUAGCGCAGUUCCUGAACGUGGUCAUCCGCGACGAGCGGGACGGCAUUCUUUGUCCUAUUCCGCAGUACCCGCUCUACUCCGCCACGAUCCAGCUUCUGGGCGGCACGCUUGUCCCGUACCUUCUGGACGAGGAGCGCGGGUGGGCGCUGGAUGUGGAGGGGGUGAAGAAAGCAUGCCAAGACGCCAAGAGGAGAGGCAUCAACGUCAGGGCCCUGGUAUUUAUCAACCCGGGCAACCCCACCGGGCAGUGCCUGUCAGAAGACAACCUCAAGGAGCUCGUGAGCGUGUGCCUGCAAGAGAAGCUGGUUCUUAUGGCGGAUGAAGUGUACCAGGAGAAUAUUUACCAGGACGAGCGGCCGUUCAUCAGCUCUAAGAAGGUCCUCAUGGACAUGGGUCCAUCGGUCUCCUCUUCUCUCGAGCUCGUCUCCUUUCACACCGUCUCCAAGGGGCCCUUCGGGGAGUGCGGGCAGCGGGGCGGUUACAUGGAGCUGACCAACAUUAAUCCCGCAGUGGUGGAAGAGCUUUAUAAGAUGUCUUCGAUUAGCCUGAGCCCGAAUGUCAAUGGGCAAAUGAUGAUGGGGCUGAUGGUCAACCCUCCCCAGCACGGCGACCCAUCGUACCCCCGCUAUGGAGCAGAGAGGAAGGCCAUCCUGGACUCGCUCAGGAGGAGGGCGCAUGCCAUGACAGAUGGCUUCAACGCCUGCCAGGGAGUGGAGUGCAACUUCACGGAAGGUGCUAUGUAUUCGUUCCCUCGCAUUCACCUCCCCCCUGCCGCAAUUGCCGCAGCCAAGGCAGCAGGGAAGGCACCUGACGUGUUUUACUGCCUGCGGCUCGUAGAGGCCACGGGAAUCUCCACCGUGCCCGGCUCAGGCUUCGGGCAGAAAGACGGCACCUUCCAUCUGCGCACAACCAUUCUGCCGCCUGAGUCCAAGAUGCCUGAGGUUAUGCGCAACUUUCAGAGAUUCCAUUCCGAGUUUAUGGCAAAAUAUGGUGGCAAGGCCAAGCUGUAG